AUGUCUAACCCCUCCAAUGGUUACAAUCCCACUCGUGGCCCGUCUCUGGGGCCUUCUGCAGUCCCCACUUUGACCGUACCUGCACAGGCUGCCUCUCCAUUGACCUCCCCGGGCGCCGUGAAGAAGCAACAGGUUGUCUCCUCACAAAUCUAUGACAGAAACUUGAAUCGUUCAAAACAUCAGAUAUCUCUAUCGUCUCUAUCUUUUCUCUUUAUGCAAAUCAUUCGGCUAAACUUGAAUAACUCCAAUUCUUUGUCUACUUUAGAACGUAAACUGAAUAAUUUAGGCUAUUCAAUUGGCCUGAAAUAUCUAGAUCUAACCUCCUUACGUCUCAAUGCCAUCAAUCCCUCGUCUUCAAAAUCUGCAUCAUUAAACCAGAAGCGGUGUAUAAGCAUCCUAGAAAUAUUGAACUUCCUAACAACCUCUUUGUGGCCCUCCUUGUUUGAUAAAAAGGCAGACUCCUUGGAGAAAUCAAAAGAUCAUGCAAACCAGUUUAUGAUUAUAGAUAAUGAUCCUUGUAUGUCUAGGUUUAUCAGCCUGCCUAAAGAUUACCAAUCUCUUAACACAGAGGCAAUUGUUGCAGGAAUAAUUGAGGGCGCACUUGAUACAGCUUAUUUCUCCUGUGAAGUAUCUGCACAUUCUGUCCCCUUGGAGAACUACCCCCAAAGAACAGUUUACUUGAUUAAGUUUGAGCCAUCUGUACUGGUCAGGGAGAAUCGAUAG